AAACUCUCCUCCCCGGAGCCUCAAACUACAACUGCAGAAGUGCGGCGCCAGCUGGUUAGGAUUCCGGAACACAGACACACACAGACACACACACAGACACAGAGAAGGAGGAGAAUAAACCCAACUCCCGGAGUUAACAUCAAGAGCAGGAAAAGAUGUUGGUGUUUGGUUAUGCUGAUGGAUCUGGUUCACCCUCCGUUAAAUAAGAGCAGGCUGAAGACACAGAAUUACUAUGGCAUCACUCAGUGAAGAGGAGGGUGACAUUGGAGACUGGCUGGCCACCAUUCACUUGGAGAAAUACAGAGAAAAUUUCAUCCAGAAUGGGUUUUACACACCCAAGGACUCUAUCCAUUUUAACAAUGAAUCUCUUCUUCAGAUUGGUAUCAAAGCCACUGGGCAUCGGAAACGCAUCUUAAAACUUGUGCAACAGCGAAGUCUGACCCCUACAGAUGAGUUUUUGACCUCCACCUCUGACGAGCUGGAUGGUGAUAGAGAUCGAAUGUUGGAGAGAUCAAGAGCUGAUGGCGAUGGGAAAGAUAAUUUAAAUGUCAUUGAUGCUGAGCCAGAGGAACCAGUGAUAAAGCCUAUUCCCAAGCCUCGGACAUUGUUCAAUAAAAAUUCUUCAACACCCAAGCAUCAAGCAACAACAGGAUCAGCAUCGGGACAAAAUUCUAAUCUGGUUCUGCCACCGGAAGUAUUUACUCCUGCUGAAAUAGCUGGAGACAAACCUGAUUUGACAAAGAGGCAAUACUCAUCAAGUGAUGAAAAUACAGUUUGGACUCCAUCAGAGGAACUGGUUCCCAAGACAGAGGAGAAUAUUCCCCCAGUUCCACCACGAAGUAAUCGGGGGAAACCUCCUGCCUGUUUUAUGCCAAAUACAGCAACCUCCUUUGAUUCCGACCAGUCUGGGACUCAGUCUAUACCUCCUAUGCCCAAGCCUGCUGAAAACCUGAAGGACAUGCAGUUUCUUUCGAGUUUUUCUUCACACUCUCUACCCUUGAUGUCUUCAGCGGACACAACAUUUGCAGGAGAAAUGGUUUCUAAUGAACUUUACACAGAAGUGGCAACCUUAUCUGAGAGGAACCGGAGUCAAUCCUUUUCUGCUUCAACAGGGAAUUCAUUAAGCAGGAGGCCAGUCCCAGAAUUACCGUCCAUGUUGACCAGACCAGAUAUAACAACACUUCCACCAAGGAAAAGGCAUUAUGAAAUGGACUCUGCCCAGAAAUUAUUUCAGAUGAAAGGUGACAACACAAUGGCUUAUUCUACAAUAGGGGCGAUUCGAACAGACAGCCCCAGCACCAUUGAACCUUCGAUGUAUUUCACCGAAGACUCUGAAGAUGAUCAAACAAUAUCACCCUACGCAAGCUUCCAUGCUGCACCUGAGCAAGGAAAAAGCAUGAAAUGUGAUUGGUUAGAGAAACUCUCACCACAAGGAAGUUGCGUAUUCCAAAGACGUUACGUGAAAUUUGAUGGGAAGUGCCUGAUGUAUUUCGGCAAUGAAAAGGAUCCAUACCCUAAAGGAGUAAUCCCUUUGGCAGUUAUACAAAUGGCAAGAGCAGCAAAGGAAAAUAAAUUUGAAGUAGUCACAAGCCACCGAAUAUUUGUUUUCAGGGCAGAAAAUGAAGGACAGAGAAACGAAUGGUGUACACACUUGCAAAAUGCUGUCAAAGAAUAUCAUUUCGCCUCCUCUCGUCGCGUUGGGUCAAUGGCCUUCUACCAGAAGUACAGUUGCCUGGAGAUGAAGGGAUACAAAUCGAAAGUGUAUGGUGCCCUCUGUACUGACAUCUUGUGGCUGUACAAAAAUGAGCAGAGUUUUAAAACUGGGAUUGGAAUCACAAUGAUUGGAGUACAGGGAUCUACGAUUCGUGAUGUUAAUCGUAAAAGUUUUGAGAUAAUUACUCCUUUGAAAACUUUCAGUUUUACAGCAGAAUCUGAACGAGAGAAGAGAGAAUGGAUUGAGGCACUUCAGGACUCGAUUGCUGAGACUCUGUCUGACUAUGAAGUGGCUGAGAAGAUCUGGUCUAACAAAUCAAACAAAGCAUGUGCGGACUGCAAAGCACAGAAUCCUGACUGGGCAUCCAUUAACCUUUGUGUUGUUAUCUGUAAGAGAUGUGCAGGUGAACAUCGGGGCUUAGGAACAAACAUUUCAAAAGUACAAAGCUUGAAACUUGACACAAGUAUAUGGAGCAAUGAAAUUGUACAGCUUUUCAUUGAUUUAGGGAAUGAAAAAGCGAACCAGUUCUGGGCUGCACGGAUGACUCCAGGAGAGGAGUUGGAUACAGAUGCCACAACAGAGAGGCGGAAGGAAUUUAUUAAAUUAAAAUAUAGAGAUGGCACUUUCAGAGGACCUCAUCCUAAGUUUGCAACACAAGAUGAACUGAUUAAGGCACUUUGUUCAGCGGUAAGCAGUUCCAACCUCCUGCAGACAGUGACUCAGAUCUUCUCUGAAGCAGGCAGAAUGAGUUUUAUUGACACGGAUGCCUGUGAAACAUUUUCUCUGUCUCCCCAAAGCCCAACCUAUCCAACUGGAGUGCAGCAUCCAUCACUGAGGACCUCAGAAGUUCUAAAUUCCAACUCUAUGGUUCCAAUGGGUAUUUACAGUGAGAUCACGCAAUCUGUAUCGCAUUGCGGAUACCUAUACAAGACAUCAGCCAUGACAAAACUACCCAGCAGCAAGAAAUGCAAAGAUGAAUUCCAGAAGCAGUGGUGCUCUUUGGACAGGUCCCUUCUUUUCUACGAAACAGAUAAAAGUACUGAACCAAUUGGGACAAUUAAAAUGAAUGACAUUGUUUGUAUUGGAGUGAGCAGACCACAAUCACUAGCCAACUCUGGCCCGACAGACAGGUUUCGAUACACAUUCGAAAUUUUUCUCACUUCAGAAAAGCUUUUUCAGUUUGGCACAGAUAACCCUGACAGCCUACAGAUGUGGACAAGUUCCAUUGCAAAGGGCUUUACUGGUUUGAGUUUGCAUAGCUUUUUAAAUUGUCAAUUUGAUCGCAUUGGAAAACUGCAUUAUAAAUCCAUGCGAAAUCCUGGACAAUGGCAGGAAGGCUGGUUCAUACUUAAUAAAUCCAACCUGAAAUUCUGCUCAGAAGAGGGUGGACUGGAGGAAGAGAUUGUUAACCUCAAGAGACUCCAAGAACUGACUUUCACCGUUCUGAAUGAAAACAGUGAGAAGAAGGAAGUUUUAAGGCUGGUUGAUAAGGAAAGAACAUUGUACCUGCACGGAGUGACACGUCUGGAUUAUUCAGUUUGGUGUGGUGAUAUUCAGAGAGCUGCAGGCAGCCGAGGAAAUGCCCUUAGUGAUCAACAGCUCAGCAGGAAUGAUAUCCCCAUCAUUGUUGACAGCUGCAUUGCCUUCAUCACCCAAUAUGGUCUGCGACAUGAGGGAAUUUACAGGAAAAAUGGAGCUAAGUCUCGCAUCAAACUCCUGAUGGAUGAGUUUCGAAAAGAUGCCAGGAAUGUGAAGCUGAGGACAGGGGAACACUUCAUUGAAGAUGUCACUGAUGUUCUCAAGAGGUUUUUCAGAGAAAUUGAUGACCCAGUGUUUAUGAUGGAUCUCCACUUACAAUGGAAAGAAGCUGCAGAGAUUACCCACAAACCCCAGCGACUAAAACAGUACAAAGAAAUUAUUUGUGAACUCCCAAGGGUUAACAGAAUGACUCUCGCUGCUCUGAUUGGUCACCUUUACAGAGUCCAAAAAUGUGCUGACCUGAACCAGAUGUGCACCAAGAACCUGUCAUUACUUUUCGCACCCAGUUUAUUUCAGACAGAUGGGAAAGGGGAGCAGGAAGUCCGAGUGGUUGAAGACUUGAUUGAUAACUAUGUGUCAGUGUUUGAUAUUGAUGAUGACCACGUGACUCAAAUGGAUUUGGAAAACAGCUUAAUUACGACAUGGAAAGAUGUCCAGCUCUCCCAGGCUGGUGAUCUUAUCAUGGAAGUAUAUGUUGAGACAAAGGCAACAGACUGUUGCAUGACACUCAAGGUUUCACCUACAAUGACAUCGGAGGAACUAACAAAUCAAGUGCUAGAUCUGAAGAACAUAUCAUCUGGAGAAAAGGAGGUCUGGGUUACCUUUGAAGCUAUUGAAAAUGGUGAACUGGAACGCCCACUCCACCCAAAGGAAAAGGUUCUGGAGCAAGCUCUCCAAUGGUGUAAGCUCGCAGAGCCCAGCUCAGCCUAUCUGGUUGUCAAAAAGCUCCCUGCAGGAGAAGGAGGAAAUCUUUAUUCAGCAGUUAAAAGCGAAGCUCCAAAGUGUGGGAUGUUGAAGUGUCGAGAAGAACCACCAAAACUUCUGUCUGGAAACAAGUUCCAGGAGCGGUAUUUUGUUUUACGAGACCGUAAGCUGCUUCUUUUUAAGGAUAAAAAGAGCUCCAAGCCUGAACGGGAAUGGCCUGUUCUUUCAUUGAAGGUUUACCUGGGCAUUAAGAAGAAGCUGAAAGCACCAACAGUGCAGUGGGGAUUUACUAUUUGCUCAGAUAAGCAGCAGUGGUUCCUGUGUUGUUCAGGGCAGUCGGAGAUGUGGGAUUGGACAGCCAGUAUCCUUAGAGCUCAGCACGAUGAUCUGCGGCCUGCGAUUCUGAGGCGUCAUUCAUCAUCUAAUGUAUCCAAGCAGAAAUUUGGAACCAUGCCGCUCAUUCCAAUUCAUGGGGAUGACAGCAAUGCCAUGAUGUUGUCAGCAAAUCAAACACUGCGACGUCUACAUGCUCGGAGAACGCUCUCAAUGUUUUUUCCAAUGAAGAUGCAACAUGACAUGUUUGAACAGCAUGAGAAAGAUGAGAACACUAACAAUGAGCCUGUCUAUGAGGAAGUGCAGGAUGUCAGUGUAAUGUUGUCAAUUAACCAAGAUAUCGCUCCAGUGGACACCACAUCGAUGUUGGUGGCACAGUUGAAGUCAAACUCAGUUGCAAACUCAGUUUCAACCUUACCAGCACAGGAAAAAUUCUUGCAGGAACUGAGUUCUGCCAUUCACAGAAAGAAUGAGCUUCAGCAUGACUUUACCAAUUUAUGAUAAAUAGAUAUUUCAGCAAUUUACUGAGAAAAGGACUUGAGCUUUUCUUCCUGACAUGUAAUACUGACAAUAAUGACAAUACCACAGCCAUGGAGACUAGAAGAAGAAUCAUAUCGGACUUGAAACAUUAACUCUCCUCUCUCCGCUGAUGGCCCCAAUCCGCUAAGUUUCUCCAGCAAUUUCUGUUUUUAUAUCCUGGAAUUAACAGAACAGAUUUGCUGAAAUUUGCCAAUAGCAGGGAAGGUCACAAAUCCAGGGGCAGUAUGAGAAAAACACAAUCAAAAUGAUGUUCUUGACAAAUGAUAUUUAGACCUCAGGCUCUGGCUAUUCAUCAUUGAUGAUGUUUAUUGUAUCAUAUAAAUAUAAUUGUGUUUUAGCUAUGA